AUGAAGACUUCGAUGUAACAGAGCUAUUAAAAUAUUCUUAAAAUAUCAUAGCAUAUCAAACAAUCAAGAACUACCACCCCUCCUUUGAGCACGAAAAAGAGAGUUAAAUCUGCUACUCUUUUAAAGUAGUAACCUUUUGAUAAACUUGUAAACUCUACUACAAGAGAUGAAGAAACAACCAGAGGCAUACUUGACAGUAUAAGAUUUGAUAAUGAUUGCAAAUAAUAGAAUGAAGAUGAUUAACUCAAAAAAAUUGAAAACUAUAAAUAUUAACAUGAGAAGGAUCAAUGUUACAUAACACAUCUCUAAUUAUAGGUGACGGAUUUGGAACAACAAUUGGUUGAAAUCGAAACCAAACAAAAAAAAAUCAUGUAACCAAUCAAAGCUCAUGCCAAAGUCUUAAUGGAUAAAAUCUCCUUCUUAGAAAUUGCUAAAACUUAAUAUUCCUUAGAAGAGUAGAAAUUAUCUUAAUGUUUAUAAAAGGUUCUUGAUCAUAAUCAUCAAAUUUAAUCAGCUUAUGAAAAGAAGUGCUAGGAAAUUCAAAAACUCAAAUCAUUGAAAUAAAUUCCUUGA